CUAAUGCUUUGCCAUAUUAGUACUGAUUUUAGCGUUCGUUCGGAAACUCGUACCUUAACUGUUCCGAGUUGUCGCCUUUUUCUACCUCGAAUUCAAAUUACGGAAGUGUCACUAACGUAAAUUAAAGCGAUUAUACACAAGUUUUCGAUACGUUGUUGUUGGUGAUGGUGAUGGUAGUUUGAAUUUUUCGAUCUGUUGGUGCGUGUGUUCUGUGCAACGGCUUAUCGGUUCGUGUCGGAUGUGCAGUGCUAAACGCCAAUUUAUGCCUAGUAACCGGCUAGCAUAGGAACGUAGGUUCUGUGCGGGUUCUCUGGGUCAGUCGCAUUCAUGUACUGACGUGCGUCACCACCCGGACCGAACUACGCGACGUAUGGACUGGGGCUGUUCUGUUCUAUUGGCAAAUAGGACCCGAGCCAUUCCAUCCAUAUCGCUCCACUCAAUAACAUAAAUUACGGGCUUCUCUUCCAUAGGAGAACAAACUUCGGAUCAAAAAUUUACCGUAAAGUAACGUCUUAACCGGAACAGAAAACAUGUGGUGGAGGUACAUCGUUGACAUUACAAAUGAAUACAAAAUCCUUCGCGGAAUGCUUUCCUAUUCGGCGCUCUGGCCCCUGGGAUGCCUUCUCCAGCAAACCUUCGAAGGACGACGACCGAACAACUAUGACUGGGAAAGAUGUCUCAGAUACAGCCUUUAUGGAACGUUCAUAUCCGCCCCUAUGCUUUAUACGUGGAUGCGCACGGCUAACAUGAUGUGGCCCCGGACCGACUUCCGUUCAUCGUUGGCGAAGGCUUUCACCGAACAGGCAGCCUUCGACCCAUUCGCAAUUGUAUUUUUUCUCUACGGGAUGUCCAUCCUAGAGCGUAAACCACAGAAGCAGGCUGCCAAUGAGGUUCGAAGUAAAUUUUGGGACACCUACAAGGUUGGUUUCUUCUACUGGCCCGUUGUGCAGACGGUCAAUUUUUCAGUCAUACCGGCCAAGAACCAAAUCAUUGCAGCCGGGUUCUUCAGUUUAAUCUGGACCACUUUUCUGGCGUACAUUAAAACCAAGGCUGCAGAACAGGAAGAUACUGAGCCGGAGAUGUUGACGGGUUAAAGCGGGUCAUAUGAUUGACAUAUGGGCAGUGAUGUAUGAGUUAAUAUUCUAGUCAAAUUUUAGUUAGGUUUAUGGAAACAAAUAGGAAAAUAUAUGUGUUGUUUAAGGUGAAAAUUCGUAA